AUGGACAGGCAUAUGGUAGAUUAUCUAUGCUUUGCAUCUUAUUUAUCCAUAAACCCAUAUGAAUAUAUAGUUAAGUACCACGUAGCCUGUAUUGCAGCCAGAGUUAGAACUCAGUCAUUGAGCCAGACAGGCCCAAAUAGUAGCCACAGUCUAAGAAUCUACAAAAACCCAUAA